AUGCACAUAACCUCGGGUCUUUCGCCGGCGUCGGGUGAGAUGCUAGACACUUCUGUCUUGCAGCUGUACGGGGAGGCCGGGGACCAGUGCGGCUACUUCUCCGUCGACCACACCGUCCCCGAGUCCUCGCACACCGUGGAAAUAGAAUACGUUUACGAACAACCAGAAACCUACGCGCAAAACUAUGAUUUUGAACCAGUUAAAGUUCCUGAAGUACAAAUAAAGAAGGAGAAGGAAGUACAAGAGAAAUUAGUAGUUGAUGAUGAGCAAGAAACAGAUUUGACUAAUUUAACAUGGCUGCAGAACAUUACGAAUAUCAUGGCGAUUCCACAGUUCCCGAUACCGCCAGUCUCACCCAGUCCUCCAAUUAAGUCACCGCAGACGACAAGACUGCAGAAGUUUCACCAGACUAUAGCAAAGUGUCAAAGGGAUUUUAUGGAGAAUAGGGAGGAAUAUCAGAGAAAUAGCGAGAAGAAACCUCCUUACUCGUACAGUACACUCAUUUGCAUGGCCAUGCGGUACAACGAUGAUAAGAUGACGCUGUCGGCCAUAUACUCGUGGAUAAAGGAGAACUUUAAAUACUAUAGGAAUGCUGAUCCUACUUGGCAGAACUCAAUAAGGCACAACCUGUCACUAAACAAAGUAUUCGUCAAAGUCGCCCGUUCCAAACAAGAACCCGGUAAGGGCGGCUUUUGGAAACUAGAUCUGGGACACCUCAAGGGGAACCAGCGUAUCUCCAACAGGCCACAUAAGAAGAAGAAGGCCGAGAGUACAAUGAUGGUAAAAAUAAAUGAAGAUCGGACAGCUGUCGCGAACAUACCACACGUUGGCGGAUUAGGCACUGAUAUGGGACAUGCUGUGACCUUACAUCUGCCUGAGUUUGUUAGUCUACCUUUGCCUGACAUAGAGCUGGACAAUCAUGUCGGAGCCAACGUGAUCGUGGAGCCAGUGGCGCCCCCUCCGUUGAUACAGGAAGACGACUUGAGCUCUCUGCUGCUCAAUCCGACGGAUUGGGACGAUUUGCAGUUGGACAUGCUGGAUAACUACCUCGACUUCAAAUAAAGGUAACACUGAUGAAAAUUGAGAUCUUUUCAAAAUUCCACUUUGGAUGGACCCAGGUAGUGGUCAUUAUGCGGAAAGGAGCUAAGAACUUAAUACUUUCUUUAGAUGACAGAGUAAAGGUACAACAGUAACUGUAACCUUAUAUUUAUAGGUACCUAAAAUUUGCGAAAAUCUUUAUAUAACAUGGCCUUCUCGCGGUAGAUUAAUAU